AUGCCGUCGAACGACCACAACGACAAUGACCGCGAUAGACAUAGGGACAGGGAUUUCGAGCGAGGAGAUCGUUCAGAGAAAUCGGGCUCUAAACAAAAAUCCUCCAAUUCGAAAUCCAAGGACCUCUCCCAUGUCCCUUGCAAGUUUUUCAAAGUCGGCGGGUGCACUGCAGGAUCGUCCUGCCCAUUCUCGCACCACUUGUCUGAACCAGGUCAGAAGGAGACCUGCGCGUGGUUCGUGAAGGGGAACUGCAAGUUUGGCCACAAAUGUGCAUUGGCCCACAUCCUGCCUGGGCAGGACAUGUCGAUGGACAGGAAGAACAAGAAGGCUGCACAGCAGGCCGCUGCGGCAGCUGGUGGUAACGACAAGACGUCCAAGGGUAAAGGAGGAAGGCGAGACGGAGGAGGCUCUGGUGCUGGCAAUCAAGGAAAGAAUGCCCUCCUUGCCGGCGGUUCAACCGCACCCACUCGAAUUCUCAACUCCGGACCAUCCGGCGCUUCGUCUACUGGCCGUCCACCAAUGAAUCUUGCCCUCAAAGCUUCCAUAUCACCCUCUGCACCCGCACCACCCCUCAAGGAUAGCGAUUUUGCCUCGUUCACCGCCCUCGACGAUAUGGAGGGCGUCAAGAACGAUCCCCCGAAACAGGAGGAGAAACCCAAGGAAGAGAAGAAGAAAACCAACGAGAAGCCUUCAGAAACAUCCGACUCUACUCCUGUCCCACUUCCUCCGUCAGCUCCAAGGAACGCUUCGACCACUGUUCAAAACGAUUUCGGUCCCAUUGGAUCUCCUCCUAACGCCCGUGAUCAAGGACCGAAUGGAAAAGGCGCCUUCUCUCCAGGUACCUCUCCUCGUGCCGUAAACGGUGCCAACCUCGCCUCGUCUCCCAACCAAGGCCUCCUAUCGUCAUCCCCCUUCUCUGUCCCAGGCAAUCAGCAAAACUUCCGACCGUCAUCGUAUUCAGCUACCUUGGGUCUCGGAGGUGGGGUUGCUGCCAGCCUUGGCAGCGGUCUCGCAAUGAUGGGAGGUCGCAAGGGAUGGGCAGAUACCCCAGAGUCAUCCGUCAACGCUGGAUUCUCUGAUCUUCUUUCAGCACACAUCUCAUCCUCAGUCACACACCACCGAUCGUCCGGUUUGACGAACAGCAUCGCCCGUGCCGAGUACGACGUGAGCUUCGAGUACGACGAAUAUGUAGGCGCCAAGAACCUUCGACGCAUCCCUCGCAACGACACCGCUGUUGAAGAUGGUGACCUGGAAGAUUUCAUCCCUGGAUCACUGACCGACUUGUUGACUCCAGAAGAACGAAAUCGUCGCAUGUCGAGGAGCAACUCUGGCCAGCCAGCCACUGCUGGCCUGGGUGUUGCUGCUAAUGCCUUGAAGGCUGGCGAGGGGGCAGACCAGACUGGUGGAUCCGGCCUUGGGCAUCGUUAUUCCCGAUCGGUCCCUGCUCCUUCCCUCCUUGGCGACAUCAAGUCCAUCUGGGCUGACACUACCGCUAACCCGCUUCCCGCCUCUCCUCGUACGACCACUAUGCAUAGAGGUACGCCAUCGACAUCAGGUCUCAGUGCUCGCUUCGAAGGUCUCAAUGUCACUGGAGUGGACGAAUCCGGCCUCAGCAUGAGCGUCGGCAGUCCCUCUUCGAUCAACAAUAUGCUCAGUCCCAGCAACGCCAGCGCCGCCUUCUUGCCUGGUUUCCAUUCUCAUUAUCUUUCCGCGAAAGCCAAGCAGGCUCAACAAGCUCAACUCGGCCAAGGCGGAUUAGGACGUGGUCUCCGUGGCGCAAGUGGUGGAACAGGCUUCGCGUCCAACAACAGCCUCGCAAGCAACUACCUGCAACCCUUGACUGCAACCGGCCUUCCAGGUUCUCCUUCCAACUCGACCCUGCACACCCACGUGCAUGGCAAUACCCAACAUACCUAUAGGACAACUCCAUCCCCCUUCGAUCUCACCCAGAACCUCCCCAGCCGAAACCUCAACGCGCGUCCGAUCCCAUCCGUUCAGGGAGACGAUCACCUUCUGGGACCUCACGUCCUUUCCCCUGGAACUCGGGCUUUGCAGUCCCAUGCGCCCGGCCAGAGUCUGCCUCAAGGCUUGGCAGCCGGUCUCUCCAGGAUCCACGCCCUGCCGCCAUCGAACCUCAUCUCACCCGGAACUCCAGGUGCCUUCAUGCCGGGCACUUCCCCCGGCGUCUCCGCUGGACUCUCCGCCAACGUGCCUUACGGCGAGUGGCAGCCACACACGCCAUCGAGUCUCUCGCAACCACACCCGCUCUCUAACAACGUUUCCGGAAUCGGGGCGACGAGUGCCACACCCGACCCUACUGCUCCGCCGAAGCUAUCGUAUUCUGCUGCGGCUAGCAGGGCUGCCACUGCCACUCCCUCAGCUCCACCUGGUCUCACCAGGCAUGCUCCUGCCAGCAACAACGGCGGAUAUGGAGCUCAGCAGACGCCUCGCCCUCCUGCUCAUGAUGAUGACGAUCUGUUCAGCAUGGAUGGUUAA